AUGAAAAGGUCGCGCGACAUUAAGAUCCGUACUCGUAAGUUCAAGGUCGGAGAUUUGGUGUAUUGGCGCCGCAAUGCGGGAAAGAAAGUUGAAUCUAUCUGGAAGGGUCCAGGUAUCAUAACCGAAGCCAAGUUCGACACAGUAUUUGUUGUAAAGUCUCGGAGAGAAGUCAAGGUCAUGCACCAUGACAAGUUGAAAAUGUGCAAGUCUAGACAACUCCCGAAAUGGCUAGUAUUAUAUAAAAGUAGGUUGUCUGGAGAAUCCGCAGUCCGAGACCGAGUUAGUUCUCCUACGAGUGAUGUAGCUCAGCCGCUGGGGGCAACGGGUUCAGGGGUAAGUCCUGGGGACCCAAGGAGUAAGGAAAAAACUAAAGUAGGCCCGCAGCCAGCGGAACAAGUAGGUCCAUAUCUGGGUACCCGGAAACGGGUAAGGGAAAUGUCAAACCAACCAAAUAAGCCCAGUACGCCCAAGAGACCUAAAGUCACUUAG